UACCGGAAGUCGGCCAUUUUGCCUUGUCGAAAGUGACAGGGCCGGUUUACAGAAGAAGAAUAAUUUUCGGAUUAUUCUUUCUUCCACAGUUUUGAGACAGAAGUUUAUGUAAACGGCCUCAAAAUUUCGCGCUACACCAUGGCCCGUUACGGUCAAAGACCGGAAAAUGCCCUCAAACGGGCUAAUGAGUUCAUGGACCUGGACAAGCCAGCCCGGGCCCUGGACACGCUGCAAGAGGUAUUCCGCAACAAGAAGUGGGCGUACAACUGGUCGGAGUCGGUGCUGGAGCCCAUCAUGUUCCGCUACCUCGAGCUGUGCGUGGAGCUGCGGAAGAGCCACAUCGCCAAGGAGGGGCUGUUCCAGUACCGGAACAUGUUCCAGUCCGUCAAUGUGGGCUCGCUCGAGCAGGUCAUCAGAGGCUACCUCCGUAUGGCUGAAGAGCGCACCGAAGCAGCCCGCACCCAGUCGGCGCAGGCCGUCAUUGACACCGACGACCUAGACAACCUCGCCACCCCUGAGAGCAUCCUGCUGAGUGCCGUGUCUGGGGAGGACGCACAAGACCGUUCCGACAGGACCAUCCUUACACCAUGGGUGAAGUUCCUGUGGGAGUCCUACUGCCAGUGCCUGGAGCUGCUCCGCACCAACGCGCACGUGGAGACGCUGUACCACGACAUCGCGCGGAUGGCCUUCCAGUUCUGCCUCAAGUACUCGCGCAAGACCGAGUUCCGCAAGCUGUGCGACAAGCUGCGCAAGCAUCUGGAGGACAUCUGCAAGCUUACUGUCCAGACCGGCAACGUGAGCAUCUCUAAGCCGGAGACGCAGCAGCUGAACCUUGAGACCAGACUGUUCCAGCUGGACAGCGCCAUACAGAUGGAGCUGUGGCAGGAAGCAUACAAAGCCAUCGAGGACAUCCACAACCUGAUGAACAUGUCGAAGAAGACCCCCGUGGCCAAGACCAUGGCCAACUACUACGGCAAGCUGGCACUCGUGUUCUGGAAGGCGGGCCACUGCCUGUUCCACGCCGCCGCGCUGCUCAAGCUCUUCCAGCUGUCCCGGGAGAUGAAGAAGAAUAUUACGCAGGAGGAACUGCAGAAGAUGGCGUGCCGCGUGCUGGUGGCGGUGCUGUCGGUGCCGCUGCCCUCGCUGCACCCCGAGUUCGACCGCUUCGUGGAGACCGACAAGAGCCCCGUGGAGAAGGCGCAGAGAUUGGCUGUGCUGUUGGGCCUGCAGCAGCCGCCCACGCGCGCUAGUUUGCUGAAAGACGUGGUGAAGCUGAACGUGGUGUCGCUGGCGUCGCCGCAGCUGCAGCAGCUGUACGGCUGGCUCGAGGUGCAGUUCGACCCGCUCACCAUCAGCCGCAACGUCAACGGAGUGAUCAAGGCGCUGCAGGAGGAGCCCAACUCCCCGCUGGCCCAGUACACCUCGGCCCUGAGCGACGUGUCCCUCGUCCGUCUCAUCCGGCAGACGGCGCAAGUCUACUCGCACAUCCGCUUCGAGCGGCUGCUGCAGCUCGCGGCCACCGACGACCUAUUCCGUCUGCAACGCCUGCUGGUGGAUUGUGUCAGGCACAAUGACAUGCAGAUUAGGAUUGAUCAUGCUAACAAGUCGGUGCACUUCGGCGUGGAGGCGGGCGGCGGCGAGUGGUGCUCCGCGGCCGACGAGGCGUGCGGCGGCGCCAUCCUGCAGGCCACGCCCGCUGAGCAGGUCCGCGAGCAGCUAGUCCGCGCCGCCGAAGUCCUAUCCCGAGCAGCCCACACCCUCUUCCCCGCCCGGCAGCGCGCCUCAGCCGAACGCGCGCGCGCCGCCAUGCUGGCGCACUACCGCGAGAGCGCCGCCGCCGACCACGCCAGGGUGCUGCAGCGGCACAAGAUCAUUGAGGAGAGGAAGGAGUAUAUAGAGAGGCUGAAUACGAGAAGGGAGGAGGAGGAGUUGAGACGCCAAGAGGAAGCCAUGCGUCAACAAGCCGCCGCCGAGGCUCGUCGCCUCGAGGCGGAGAGAGAGGAGAGAGAGAAGAAGAGACACGCGAGCGAGCUGGCCGCCAUGCGCGAGCGGCACCUGCGGGAACGUAUGGCGCUCAUCAGCCAGAGCAGCCACGGCAAGAAGGUGCUCCAGAAGCUGGACGAGGAAGACCUGAAGAAGAUGGACGCGGAGGCCAUCGCGCAGCGCGAGGUGGAGGAGCUCAUGAAGGAGAGACGCGAGCUGCAGGCCAGGCUCAAGAGCCAGGAGAAGAAGGUGGACUACCUGGAGCGCGCCAAGCGGCUGGAGGAGAUCCCGCUGCUGCAGAAGAGCCUCGAGGAGAAGCAGGUGCACGACAAGGCCUUCUGGGAGCAGCAGGAGCAGGAGCGGAUCAAGCAGCUCAUUGAGGCCCGAACACGCGACGUGGCCACCUCGGAACGCCUCUCCCGCAUGCACCAGUACCGCGACGAGUUCACCUCCCGUCUGGCGGCGGAGCGCGGGGCGUCCCACCAGGCGCGCCUCAAGGCCUUCCAGGAGAAGCUGGCUGUGGAGAGAGAGAAGAGGCUGGCUGAACGCAGGAAGCAGAGAGCAGAGAAACGCAGGCAGGAGUGGCUGAACGAGAAGCGUCUGGCGGAGGAGCGCGCGGCGGAGGCGGCUCGCGCGGCCAAGGAGGAGCAGGAGCGACGCGACAAGCAGGAGCUGGAGAGGAAGCGCCAGGAGGAGCUGCUGGCGCUGCGGGAGAGGAAGGAGAGGGAGGAGAAGGAGCACAUGGAGAUGCUGGCGCGCGCGAAGGCCAAGGCCAAGGAGGCGGAGAGCAAGCUGGAGCGCAAGCUGGAGCAGGAGCGAGGAGGCGCUUCUACCUGGCGACGGGUGAGCUAUCAUUAUUGUGGUGAAGCUCCCCCGGCGCGCGCGGCCCCCGAGCGCGAGGAGCGGGAGAGCGGCUGGCGCAGCGCGCCCAAGGACGACGCCAAGAAACCAGAGCCGUGGAGACCAGCCCGCAUGCGCGAAGGCGCGGACCGCCCACGUUCACCCGACCGCCGCGCCGCGCCGCGCUCGCCCGACCGACGUGGACCCCCCGCCAGGUCGCCUGACCGCAGGCCGCCGGCCAGGUCCCCGGACCGCCGCCCCGCCGCCCGCUCGCCCGACCGCCGCGCGCCCGCCAGGUCGCCUGAUAGGAGAGGACCGCCGAGGUCGCCCGACCGUAGGGGACCACCUAGAGAUGACAGACGCGACGACCGCGGGCCGCGCGACGACCGCCCGCGCGACGACGGCGUGUGGCGCCGCAACACCGACUGGGAGCGAGACAGGGCUCCAGCCGCGUACGGCGGUCGCUCCAGUGGCCCGGCUGAUGGAGGCAGCUGGCGCCGCGCCGCCGGGGCCGCCGAGCCGCCGCCACCAGCCGAGCGUUCAUCCGCCUGGCGUCCCAAGGAGGGCGCCGCGCCGCGCGAGCGCGAGGGAGGGUUCCGCGACCGCGAGCGCUACCCGCCGCGCGACGGACCACGCGACGGACCCCGUGAUGGACCACGCGAUGGACCACGUGAUGGACCGCGCGACCGUGACGGACCUAGAGACCGGGACGGACCAAGAGAUGCACCCAGGAGGGACGAUAGGGACGGACCUAGGAGGGAUGAUCGUGGAGAAGCUCCACGCCGCGACGACCGCGACCGCCGGCCGCCGCCCGCGCGCCGCUCCGAGGAGAAACCGCGCCCGGCCGCUGAUGCUGACGACGGCGAGUGGAAGCCCGUCACCCGCCGCUAGCCGCCCCCGCCCCGCGCCGCCCCCGCACACCCCCCUCCCUGCACCCCCCACCACCGCGGCCGCCGGGUGACCAGUGAUACCAACAACAAUUACUUCACGAGUCGCUCCAGUGGGCCGAUUCUCGAUCGAUCAUUUCGUUUGACAUCUGUCAAAAGUCGUGUUCAACAUAGAGUUAAGUACAUUUUUAGUAGUAGAGUGUUCAAUGGUACGUCUCGUAUCGGACACUCGAAGUUUCAUACAUGUUUUAUGAAAUUUCACUACUCUUGAAGAUACCGAGUUAUCUGCGAUUUAAAUCUAUGAUAAAGAUAGAUAUUGCAUUGGUAUCAGAUUUGUUGAACACGGCUAAUGGCUGAAAACAUUUUUGAGACAUUUAUACUGUGUGUCGAUUGAGAAUAAGAAUUACAUAGUGCUGGCACUGUCCUGUCCAUUACAUUGCAUCCACUAAACUCAUGCGUUUACUCAUUACUAUAAAAAACACCAUAAUAACAUUACACUGUGUAAGUAUUACAUUAUGUACUAACAGUCUUGCGGCGACGAAGCUGAAUCUAGAUAUUUGGACCCAAAGAGUGCAUUUUUACCUUAUAACAAAAAUAUACUUGACGUAUUACGCUGCACUGUCCAUAUAUCUUCAUUAAUCUUUGUCGUUGAAUCAUAAUUUAUGAUAUGUUUUGAUAUUAUUAAAGGUUUCCGUGGAAAAUUAAGGGUAUUGAACAGCAUUGUAAUAACACUAAAUUCAAAUUUACGAGGCAUCGCAAAUGGUGGUUUGGUAAUCAUUUAAUGUUUGCAUUUAAAUUGUCUACAUACAUUCUGUUCACGCCCCUUUUCACGUAAGGUACAUUGGGAACUGCCAUUUAUUACAUGGGCUUGUAUUAUGUAUUUCAACUACGCAUACAGUUAUGAUUUUAGGCGAAUGGUAUCUAUUGUCUAUCGUUACACAUUCUUCGAUUGGUAAAAUAAUCGUAUUUAUUAAUCAACCUUUAUUAGGCUACAUUCUAAGAAAAAUAAGGUCACACUUCCUUCAAAACCCGCUUGCCUUCGUCAUAAAGUGUAUGCCUAUUUGAAAUACGGUGUAGUUAGUAUAUCAUUGAAAUCUGUGUAUUCUAUGUAAUCUUAAAUAAAUGAUUCAGUAAAAAUAUA